CCCCAGUCUUGCAAGAGUUAAAGCCGACGUCAGUGGGUGUGGGGCCGAGCCCCCAACCUUCCCACUGGUCUCGGAGACGGCAACGUCUCCCAUUUGCCUGCCGGCCUCGGUUUUUUUCCAGCGGCAUCGCGCGGAGGGGGCAGGGCAUCAGCCUUCACCAGCGCCGCCGCCGCCUGCUUCAGUCCCUGCCUGGCUUCGCACGCUGCAAAAAGCUCGAAGAUGGCGGCCCAGAGUCUCCUCUCCCGGCUCAGCCGGUGCCUUCCCGUCGCCUCCAGCUGGGGCUCCCGCAACGGGACCGUGCAGCUCUUGCUCAGAGCCCAGGCGAAGACUAGUGGCUGCUAUUUCUCCACCAGCAGCUGUUACAACACCAAAUUUUAUACUGAUCCCGUGGAAGCGGUAAAAGACAUACCCAAUGGGUCAACUCUCCUUGUUGGUGGUUUUGGGCUCUGUGGUAUUCCUGAGAACCUCAUAGGAGCUUUAUUGAAGACCGGUGUAAAAGGGAUAACCGCUGUCAGUAACAAUGCUGGGGUAGACAAUUUUGGGCUCGGGCUUUUACUUCAAACCCACCAAAUCAAGCGCAUGGUAUCAUCCUAUGUUGGAGAGAAUGCAGAAUUUGAGCGGCAGUAUUUAUCUGGAGAACUGGAAGUUGAGCUUACACCGCAGGGAACACUUGCUGAGCGGAUUCGAGCAGGGGGGGCAGGGAUUCCAGCUUUUUACACCAGCACUGGCUACGGAACCUUGGUACAAGAAGGAGGGGCCCCAAUCAAAUACAACAAGGACGGUACUGUCUGCCUUGCCAGUGAACCAAGAGAGGUAAGGGAGUUUGAUGGUCGUCACUUCAUCAUGGAGAAGUCGAUCGUAGGAGAUUUUGCGCUAAUCAAGGCAUGGAAGUCUGAUCGUGCUGGAAACGUCAUUUUCAGGAAAACUGCAAGAAAUUUUAACCAGCCUAUGUGCAAGGCUGCCAGAACAACUAUCGUAGAGGUGGAAGAAAUUGUUGAUGUAGGAUCAUUUGCUGCAGAAGAUAUUCACAUCCCCAAGAUCUACGUUCAUCGCCUCAUCCAAGGGGAAAAGUAUGAAAAACGAAUUGAGCGACUGUCCCUUCGAAAAGCCGACGAUUCCCAAAGCAAGCAAAAGAAAGCCGGAGACAACGUCAGAGAGCGGAUCAUCAGGCGAGCAGCUCUGGAAUUUGAGGAUGGCAUGUACGCGAACCUGGGCAUUGGAAUCCCACUGCUUGCCAGCAACUUCAUCAGUCCUGACAUAACGGUCCACCUGCAGAGUGAAAAUGGAGUACUUGGUUUGGGGCCUUAUCCGCUACAAAAUGAAGUCGAUCCUGAUCUUAUCAAUGCAGGAAAGGAGACAGUCACCGUGCUCCCUGGGGCUUCCUACUUUUCCAGCGAUGAAUCUUUUGCCAUGAUUAGAGGAGGACAUGUCAAUCUGACUAUGCUCGGAGCGAUGCAGGUGUCCAAAUAUGGCGAUCUGGCCAACUGGAUGAUUCCUGGCAAGAUGGUGAAAGGAAUGGGUGGCGCCAUGGACUUGGUGUCCAGUGCAAGGACCAAGGUGGUGGUCACUAUGGAGCACUCAGCGAAGGGUAAUGCUCACAAAAUUCUGGAAAACUGCACUUUACCAAUUACUGGGAAGCAGUGCGUGAAUCGCAUCAUAACAGAAAAGGCUGUUUUUGAUGUGGAUAAAAAGAAGGGGCUGACUCUGAUUGAAAUCUGGGACGGUCUGUCCGUGGACGAUAUCAAGAAAAGCACCGGCUGUGAAUUUGUUGUAUCGCCAAAUCUCCAACCGAUGAAGCAGAUUUCAACUUGAGGAACAGAUGACGGGGCUUAACUUCCAUGCUUCCAGCAAAGGGGAAUCAAAUGUCUGUUUUUGCAAUGAUGCAUUUUUUAAAAAAAGAGGUCCUUGUAAGUAGUUUCUGGUAGUUAGCAUCAGGCUGACUGUGUCAGUAUAACUAUGUAAAUGUUCGUUUGCACAUGACAUUACAGUACAGUUUCCAGAAAAUAAAACCCAUUUGGUACCUAGCUUAUUUAUAAUCAUCAUCACCCGGUUAAGAAGCGUUAGCAAGAGAUGAUGCCUUGUAGGCGUGACCUUAAUACCACAACCUUGGGCAAAGGCAGGAGGUCACUUUUUCACGCACAGAUCAUUCAAAACUGCAAGUGCCUGUAUAUCGGCUGCAAUUGCGCACACAAAAAGGGGGAAAAGAAAGAGUCACAGGGCAAUG